ACAACAACAACAACAACAACAACAACAACAACAACAACAACAACAACAACAACCACAACCACAACAACAACAGCAACAGCAACAGCAAAGACAACCCCAACCACAACAAAGACAACAAUUACAAGAAGUAGCAGAACCAAUGCAAACAAAUCGAUUAUCAGCACCUGUUCAACAUCAAAAAAACAUUGUUCUUAUUUGUAAUCUAGAUCCUAGAGCAACAGCAGAAGAUGUUGGUGAAGCAUGUAGUGUGUUUGGCCCUAUAUUAAGUUGUGACAUGUUACUAGAUCCUAUGGGGAGACCCUUAUGUGAAGCGGAAAUAGAGUUUCUAUAUCCUGAUUCUGCAGAACGAUGCGUCUCUAAAUUAGAUAAUAAUUAUGCUGAUGGUCGUAUUUUGCGUGCUAAAUUACAAAGUACGCCUACAUUACCUGUGGUUCCUCGUUACUCUUCUAGAACUGUAGUUGCUUCUACUCGAGUCAGUUCAAAUGGGUUCGGCAAUUCCAUGCCAGCUCCAUUACCUCCACCACACGUCUUUCACCAACAUAAUCGGAUUGAAUAUCCUAGACGAUACUAAAAUAAAAAAAAAAGAAAGAAAAGAAUCCUUUAUUGUUUUCUAUCCUUUGAGAAAAGCUGUCAAUCUUUUAAAAGAACAAAUAGAUCUGACUCUUAAACAAAUACUCUGUAUUACACAAGCAAGACGAUUCUAACAGAAUACAUGGGCUAAAAUACAUAAUCAAAGAAUUUUAUGCUUGUUUCAAUAGGCUUCAUAUUAUUUGCCCUAAUAGAAUCGUUGCUUAAAGCAAGAGUCUAGUUUUUUUUUUUUUUUUUUUU